CCAUUCAGCAGAUUUAUGUUGAAUUUCUCUCUAGGCAUAAAAUCAAGAAUUACUCUCUUAGGAUCCAUCAUCACUCUCUGCUUAGUGGGAGCAUUGGACUCCUCAACAACUACAGAGGACUCAAAGGUGCUGUCAGACUCAUAUCUUCUGAGCAUCAUCAGUGAAGCCAGGCAGCUGGUAGACUCAGAGUAUUUACAUGCCCGAGAAAGCUUAAAGAAAAAACUAGCGGAAAAGCUUGCCAACCCAAUGGAUUUCCUGAAGCACCUAAAGGAUCCAGUAGGAAGAACCAGAUCUGCAGUCCGUGCUGCUGAUUACUUGGAAACUACUUUGCAACUUCUCAAAGAAAAGCUGCAUCUCUCUGGGAACUGCAGAUUCAACGUUACAGACCUACUAGACCGAAAACAGAAGGAGAUGAUCGCCAAAGAAACUGGCUGUGACUACCAGAUUCACUCCAUUAAGUGCCCAGAGCAUGACAUUUACCGGACCAUUACUGGGGAGUGCAACAACAGAAAGCGUUCUCACCUGGGCUCCUCGAACCGCGCGUUUGCUCGCUGGCUCCCAGCGGAGUAUGAGGAUGGAGUGUCCAUGCCCAGAGGAGCAACAGAAGGAAAGCUGUACAAUGGAUUUCCACUGCCCCUGGUUCGAAAAGUGUCAAACGAAAUUGCUCUCACAGCCAACGAGAACAUCACUCAAGAUCAAGAGCUCUCUCUCGUCUUCAUGCAGUGGGGCCAGUGGGUUGACCACGACAUUGACUUGUCCCCCGCCAGUGGUGCAGGAGCGAGCCCAGUGCUCCACUGCGAGACCGACUGUGCCUUCAACUCCCCUUGCUUCCCCAUUAAGUUUCCCCCCGAUGACCCACGGAUGCUGAGGUCAAACUCCUGCAUGCCAUUCGUCCAGUCGGCGUCCGUCUGCAACCCCGGGACGUUCACCCGCGAGCAGAUCAAUGCCAUCACCUCCUUCAUCGACGCCAGCACCGUGUACGGCAGCGAAGACUCCAUGGCAAAGAGUCUUAGAAAUCAGACAAACCAGAUGGGUUUGAUGGCUGUGAACCAGAAUUUUACUGACGAAGGGCUGGAAUUAUUGCCCUUUGAGAACACAACGAUAAGUGUUUGUGUUCUCACCAACAAGAGCAUGAACAUCCCCUGUUUUAAAGCAGGUGAUAAACGGGUAACUGAAAACCUGGGACUUUCUGCGCUGCACACCGUCUUUCUGCGAGAACACAACCGCCUGGUCAGAGAGCUGAGCAAAUUAAAUCCUCACUGGGAUGGAGAAAAGCUUUACCAAGAGACUCGAAAGAUUGUAGCUGCCAUAAUCCAGAUAAUAACAUACCGAGAUUACCUUCCAGUUCUGCUUGGGGAGGAGACCAGCAAGUGGAUCCCUUUGUACAGAGGCUACAAUGAGAGUGUGGAUCCUAGAAUCUCAAAUGUUUUUACCUUGGCUUUCCGAUUCGGUCAUGCAUCAGUACAGCCUUUUGUAUCCCGUUUGAAUGACAGUUUUCAGCCUUUGGGUUCAUUCUCCCACGUCCCUCUUCAUUUGACCUUUUGUGCUACAUGGAGGAUUGUAAUGGAAGGUGGCAUUGACCCGGUGAUACGGGGCAUGGUGGUGGAUCACGCAAAACUGAUGAAACAGAAUCAAAUGCUCAUUGAGGAGCUGCAGAACCACCUUUUUGAGCAGACAGAGAUAAUGGGUCUGGAUCUAGCAGCCCUGAACAUGCAACGGGGAAGAGACCAUGGCCUUCCAGGUUACAAUGCCUGGAGGCGCUUCUGUGGGCUCUCCCAGCCUCAAAAUGUAGAUGAAUUCUCUAAGGUGCUAGGCAACUCCAAGUUGGCCAAGAAGUUCAUGGAGUUGUAUGGGACACCAGAAAAUAUUGACAUCUGGAUUGGGGCAAUCUCAGAACCCUUUGUUGCCCAGGGCAGAGUUGGACCUCUCCUGGCCUGCAUCAUUGGCACCCAGUUCAGGAACCUGCGUGAUGGGGACAGGUUCUGGUGGGAAAACCCAGGAGUUUUCACUCCACGGCAGCUGCGUGCACUGAGAAAAAUCUCACUGUCGAGGGUGGUUUGUGACAAUACCCACAUCAAAAAGAUACCCAGAAAUGUGUUCAAGGUCAACAGUUACCCUGAGGACUUCGUUGACUGCCGGGAGAUUGAAGCCCUCAACCUUUCACCCUGGAAAGACGAGACUGAGAGCAGCACAAAAGUUUCCAAUCCUGCCCAUCAGACCAGCGUUGGAAACUCCUCAGGGUGGCACUGAGCUGCUCUGGGAAACCGCAUCAUGCUCAGCUGACUGAACCUCGGCGUGUGAUUUACAGAGAGGAGCUCAAGACUCCGUCUAUUGUUU